AUCCCCAGAUUUGUCUUUUUCAUCUUCGAUUCGAUGAAAUCUUCAGUUUCCAUCUUCGUCGGUGGUCUGAGAUAGCCAUAAACCAUAGUUUGAUUUUGGUGGUUGAAACGUAGCUGAAAUCCAAACCAUCUUCGUGCUUAGUUCUUGGUAGCUGAAAUGGUUUCUCGAUUCAACUGCUUAAUCCUCCUACCUCUGACUCGCCUCUCUCUUUCUCUUGGGUUCCACAGAUACGUCGGUGGAUCCUCAAAUACUUCCAUUUAGCGAGAGUGGCAAGAGAGCAAAGGUUUCAUUUGGCGUUGAUGCAGAAGUGAUUUACAAGUUUUGGAGGUCAAUGACAUUGGAAAGACACAUGAUGUUUAAGAAAAAAGAGACAAGGAGAGUUUGAUCAUGACCAGAAUGAUUGGUAGAAUUCCGGAAGUUAUUGGUCUAAUUCAGGUUAUCCACAAGCUUCCCUUUCAGCAUCAGGACUUCAAGAGAUUUAGAUUUGGGGAUUUUAAAGGAUUGGAAACAAGGAAGGCAAAGGGUUUUGUGUUGCUUUGGAGAAGGCAGUGAAGUGAGAAUUGCUUGGAAUG